AUGGAGCACGUCUCCGCAUUCCGGGCUCAUAUAGCCCUCUAUGGUACCUCUAAUACAUUAAUGUGCCGGGCAUUUCCGACCACUCUAAGGGGACUAGCACGAGCAUGGUUCAAUCGGCUAUACCAAUCCUCGAUCUCAUCCUUCAACCAACUCGCCGGGGAGUUUGAGCAGAACUUCCUCGCCAGUGCGCAACCUAGGCCUUCCAUGGCCACCCUGCUCGCACUAUCCCAGCAUGAAGAUGAGUCGCUCUCUCAGUUUGUGGCAUGCUUUACCAUUAAGAUCCGGGGAUUCUUGGACUCUCACCCCUCUCUUAUCAUGCAGGCAUUUCUGAUGGGCUCGAAGCCUUCAAGGUUCUUCUGGUCACUAAUCGAGAAGCCGCCAGUAGCCAUCCUCGAGAUGCUCUAG